GUGCAAACAGUCCGGUCAGCUGACUUUGCCGAGUGCGCCGUCAUCCAGGCUAUAAGCGCUCGACCUGCCGGCGCUCCGGUCCGAACCGGCCGCCGCCACCAUGCAGCCCCCCAGCAUGCUGCUGCUCAUUCUCGGCCUACUGGCCGCGCCCGCCGCCGCGCUCGUCAGGAUCCCGCUGCACAAGUUCACAUCUGUCCGCCGGACCAUGUCAGAGUUGGGGGGCCCCGUGGAGGAUCUGAUUGCCAAGGGCCCCAUCUCAAAGUACUCGCAGGGGGUGCCCGCUGUGACGGGGGGACCCAUUCCCGAGGUGCUUAAGAACUACCUGGACGCCCAAUACUACGGGGAGAUCGGCAUCGGGACGCCCUCACAGUGCUUCACGGUCGUCUUCGACACCGGCUCCGCCAACCUGUGGGUCCCCUCGGUCCGCUGCAAACUGCUGGACAUCGCCUGCUGGCUGCACAACAAGUACAACAGCGGCAAGUCCAGCACGUACGUGAAGAACGGCACGUCCUUCGACAUCCACUACGGCUCGGGCAGCCUGUCCGGGUUCCUGAGCCAGGACACCGUGUCGGUCCCCUGCCAUCCGACGACCGUGGUCGGCGUCAAGGUGGAGAAGCAGACCUUCGGGGAGGCCGUCAAGCAGCCGGGCAUCACCUUCAUCGCGGCCAAGUUCGACGGCAUCCUCGGCAUGGCCUACCCGCGGAUCUCGGUUGACAACGUGCUGCCCGUCUUUGACAACCUGAUGAAGCAGAAGUUGGUGGAGAAGAACGUCUUCUCCUUCUACCUGAACAGGGACCCUAACGCACAGCCCGGGGGCGAGCUGAUGCUGGGCGGCACAGACUCCAAGUAUUACAGGGGCUCCCUGUCCUACCUGAACGUCACCCGCAAGGCGUACUGGCAGGUCCACAUGGAACAGGUGGAUGUGGGCACCAGCCUGACUCUGUGCAAGGGCGGCUGCGAGGCCAUCGUGGACACGGGCACCUCCCUCAUGGUGGGCCCCGUGGACGAGGUGCGUGAGCUGCAGAAGGCCAUCGGGGCCGUGCCGCUGAUCCAGGGCGAGUACAUGAUCCCCUGUGAGAAGGUGUCCACGCUGCCCGAGGUCAUUCUGAAGCUGGGAGGCAAAGCCUACACGCUUUCCCCACAGGACUACACGCUCAAGGUGUCACAGGGCGGGAAGACCAUCUGCUUGAGCGGGUUCAUGGGCAUGGACAUCCCCCCGCCCGCCGGGCCAAUCUGGAUCCUGGGCGAUGUCUUCAUCGGCCGCUACUACACCGUGUUCGACCGCGAGGAGAACCGGGUGGGCCUGGCCGAGGCCACCAGGCUGUAGCCGCCGUCCCCGCCGCGGAGGAGGGCGUCCCGUCGGAGGAGGCCGCCCGCCCGCGCCCUCCGGCCACCCCUGCCACACACGCUCACACUCACACUCACACUCGCAGCCCAGCUCUGCCGGCGCCGGCCUGACAGGCCUGUUCUGUGGUUUUCCUUGGCCCUGGUUGCAGAAAUGCUGCCCGUCCGUCCGUCUGUCUGAUGGAGGGCUGGGCGUGGGGCCGCAGCCGUGGGCUGGUCAGAGUGGGGGGCCACUGCACUAACGCGAGGGGCCCAGCCCGGCUUGGCAGCGGUCCCUUGUGCACCCCAGGACCCGUCCCCUCGGGGAGUCCCCACCCCCAGCCUGCGCUGCAGAGGGCCUGGCUGCCCGGGCGGGACCUGUGGACGGUGCCGCUCCCUGUGCCAGGCUGUGCGCUGGGUUCCUCCUCCGCCUUCCUGCGUGGGCCUGUCGAGGAAGGGCCGGCCAAGGCCCAAGGACAAGCAGGAAGGCUUGGAAGGGUAGGGGCUCAGGGACAAAAGCCAGCCUUGUGAUGCGUGUGGGGUCAUCCUGGGGCUUGAUCCUGUCCAGGAGGGCGCUCACGGCCCAGGGUUGGGGGAAAAGGGGAGGGGGCUGGUGCCACCGUCUCUGCAGCCGCCCUGUCUUUGGCGGCUAGGAGCCAGUGUUGAUGUGAAAAUACAGUUGUUUGGGCCUCUUUA